CAUUAGAGCACUUGGGCACUGCCCGAGGGCCCGGGGUCAGUAGGGGGCCCCAUGAAAUGCCCCUGGUAACCUUUUUAUAGGCUUUUUUGGGUGUGCUUUGAGUGUGGGCAAGGACACAGGGGCCCCAUGAUCCCCUAUUGCCUGGGGGCCCCAUGAGUUGUCAGUCCGCCCCUGCUCUGGCCAUAGACAAAGCUUCCUUCACUUGUUGGCUGCUUGUUGUGCGUUUACACGUCUACUGCAGAAUACAGAAUUCCAUCUGUGCCGAAACA